AUGUUACUGGAGUUUAAUCAACUCAAUGUUCUUCUGUCAUUUGCUCGUUCAUUCUCGAAAACUGAUGAUCCGGAUAAAUUAUUCUCGGGCAAUCAACGAUGUUCAUCGUUACUUAAUUUAUUCUUAAAACAAAUUCGAGAUCGUAUCGACCGGAACGUAAAACUCUACAUCGAUCAACGCUUAGAAAAUCUCGUCGUUGCUAUUGGUUAUUUAGCGGUUGAAUUAAGCGACAGAUGCAAAAUUCGAGCAGACAUCGUUAAAGUUCUUAUUGAUUUCUACCAAAAACUCCCUACUGCCAGGUAUUAUGAAGCCGCAACAUUUACAUAUAAACAUACAUUACCUCCAGCGGAGGUAUUCAGUUUUUGUCUACACACGAUUCUAACGGAGUUAGCGGCAACAAGUGAAGAUGUCAAAUCAGGAAAUAAGAUUAUGUGUUACGUUGCCGAUGUGAUUCGACAGUUUGUGGAAAGUCUACGAAUGGAUGCACAUAAACAUGUGAAAGAGCGAUUUGAAUUGAUCUAUCGAUAUGAUAUGCCAUUCCUACUUGGUGCAUUGCGAGCAAUCGGAAGAAUAUCAUCGACUGACCAAAGUUUGAUUUCUCAAUUGUUUCCAGUGAAUUUCAAUCCGUUAACGCAAUCUACACAUAUCAUACAAAGAGAAUCGACAACUAAUGCUACAACGAAUGUUAAACAUAGUACAAUUGCUUUUCGUCCAAUCAUUCCCAAAGUGUUAUCCAAGAGUCUUCUUUCAUCAACGAAUGAUCAUAUCUCACAAAUGGUGUCCUCGAAUACCAGUCAGUUCUUGCUCAAUGAUGAUCAACCAGAGAUUUCAUCAACAUAUCGAUCAAUUUCUUCAAUGGAUAGCAUCGAUCAACACAACGUAGAUGAGAAUCUUCCAAUAAGUUCCAUAUUCUUCUCUAUUUCUGGUUCGACUUAUCGUCAUCGACAAACAUCAUCGGUGUCAUAUGUAACUAAUAAUCGUUUCCGAAUUUGUUUACCCGCACCUGUCCUUGAACACCUACAUGAGACAUUGAAACUGAUCGACGAUCGAGUUGUGAAAUACUUGGAUAAAGUUGCUAUUGUUGAAUACGAUUCGAUUCAACGGUCAACGAACUACAAAGCAAAUACGAAACGUUAUUCCCCGUAUUCAUAUUUUGGUGAUAUACUCAUUUUAUGUAUCAUCAAGUUUUUUCGAGAUAAUCUGGAAAUUCUUGACAAAUCAGCAGAAUGUUUGACAACUGUUCGAAAAUCGACUUAUCUGUUUGUGCAACAAUUGAUUAGUAUCAAGUUAUUGGAUUUAGCUAACGAAGAAUACGACAAAAACUCUUGUCGCUAUCGAACACGUGUUGAUGCUAGUGCAGCAGCUUUAGAAUUACUUUGUUUAGCAUGUGACGAAGAAAUAGAUCUUCAGAGAUCAAAUAAAGGUUUUCUCAAAGCAGAGAAAUUAUGUACAAAAUGUGCAGAGAAAUUCAGUCAAGAAACAAUCACUAUCAAGCUAUUAUCCGCACAAAUGCCACUAUUAGUAACAUCAUUAGAAGUUUUGAGUCGACUAGCGGAGAAAUACGAAUGUUUAUCAACGUAUACCAUUCGAGCGUUAUGUGAUUUUCUCAUCGAACCAUCGCCGAUACUUUUUAAAUUGUAUCGGCAUACAAGUCAGAAGCUGGAUGGAGAAGAACGAACUGCAGUUUUCAAUGAACAUCGAAAGAAUUCGAGAGAAUAUCGUGCAUUUCAUAUCUUCGAAAAGUUACGAGAUGCAGCAAUUGAAGGUUUAUGCAAGUCUCUACUCAUACGUUUAAAUUCCGAUCCAAAGUGUGUGGAAGCUCUGCUAACACAAUUCUCCGCCCGACUUGCUUCCGGGCCUAUUGAUGAUAAACGAACAUCGUUAGUAUCGCAUAAUACAGUUCUGACAUUGGGCCACAUGGCUGUUGCGCUGAAAAAUGUUCAGCAUACUCAACAAUCUAUUCUCGCUCGUUUUCAACAACGCAUCGGUGAUCCACCAUCACCUCUCGAUAUUCUCAUCAUCAAUCAAAUUGGCUGUAUGCUUAUUACUAGUCUCCCACCAGCAACUUACGAGGAAAUCAUUCGGCUUUUCACAGAAAUUAUUAUUGAUUCUACUUAUCCAUCGAAGGACAGCUCGACUGUGUCUAUGCUCGUUGCUCCACACUUGGCCAAAUAUGUACAAGCUUCCAAUGCUGUGAUCAAUGCAUUAGCAAAUGUUGCUGCUAGUAUUCAGGGCUCAACAGAACUAAUGAAUUUGUUAACAAGUACUCUCGAGUUAUUCGUUCAACUUGGUUUACGAGCAAAAGAUGCCAGUGAAAAGUCGACAAAGAACGCUCUUAAAAUUUCAAAUACAGCCGGUAGUCUUGGGAUCUUGAUACCUGUCAUUGCUGUUAUCAUAAGACGAAUACCGGUAAUCACCGAACCUUCCGAACGAGUGUUUCGUUUGUUCCAACGUUUUUGGUUUUACUGUAUUCUGUACGGUUUUGCUGAAUCAGAUAACAAUUUAUGGGCAACGGAAUGGUAUGAUUGUUUGCGAUUAAUUGCGACUAAAUCGCCAACACUAGUGGCGCAACAUGUUUCCUAUGUUCCAUUGAAAUCUGCCAUGCCAUUGAAACCAGAACAAAUUACCAAAGAAGACAACAAUGCAUUGAAAUCGAAAUUGAACCGCAUAUUCUCAUCGUAUCCAAAUGCGAAAACUUUCAUUGAUGCAUUCGGAUUCGAGCAAAGCGCUUAUACACUGUCAGUGUACUAUCUCGAAACGUUCAGAGUUCGAUAUGCAUUGACACCAUCGGCAUUACAAUGUAUAUUCACAUACCUUGAAGAUCCAGGUUUAAUCCGAGAUAAAUAUGGUUUAUGGACACUGAUGGUUGCUGUAGGAAGAAAAUGUUUGGCGUUAUAUGUUGAUGAAAUGAAAAAAAUGCCAAAGAGUCCGGAGCGAAAUAAAAAUCUCGAAACCCAAUGCCAAUUUCUAAUGAUCAAACGAACACAUGUUCGCAUGGAAGUCCGUGAAGAAGCUAAACUCUAUCUUCUAACGUUGCUAUCAAAGAAUGCAUUUCCACAUUUAUUCUGCAAUACUCUUAUUGUUGAGACUUUGAUGAGCAUUAUCAACAUCCUAGCAUACUCAUUGAAUGAAGAUAAUCUACACAAAGUUACUGCACAUCACCGGAUACCCGAAACUAAUUAUGCAAUUCAAUUUGUUGACACCCACGAAAAACGAUUGGAACUUUUCAAUGAAUACGUGGAGUUCGGCCGUAUGUUCAUCGAACAAGCUUUAAUGAUAUCACCAACGUUAAUCAAAUCAUGUAUUCAACAAUACAUGUUGAAACUCGAACAAGGUAAACGAAGUUCCGAUGCUGCGCGUCAACAUCGAGGUUUACAUAUUAUGUGGGAAUAUCUCAGUAUGUAUUCGAAAUCCACUAAUGCUGAGGUGAGUAUUUGUGUGGACGACUAUCAUCAUCAUUUUGCUUUUCUCAAAUGUCAACAGGGGGCAGCAAAUGGAAAUAAGUUCUACUAUCGUGCUGAUUUUUCUGAUUACAUGGUGUCAUUAAGCGAACGAAAUGCUGCGGUUGGCUUCAUCGAAGGACUAAGUCGAAAUGAUUACCGAAGUGCGUUGAAACAAAUUAAAAACGAGAUGGAGAAGGCGUUUAUCAACCGAUUAAAUUCAUUGGAUAAGUUUCAAUCAUUGAAACAGCGUCGUCGGCGAAUGUCAGUUGUUGCACCUGUUAAUCAUAAAGAAGUCGUGCUUGACUUCGAAGAACGCAUCGCGAUCUUCGAUAGUAACUUUCGGAAUGAACUUUUCAAACUAACAGCGAUGCUAAUUUAUAAUGCUGAUCAUGCAGAUGAUAAUGAAAAUGAAAUGACUUUUUCGAGUGUAGGUAGCCCAUUCUAUACAUACAGUGCUCCCAAAGAAAAUGCUCUCGACCGAGAAAUAGUACAUGUACUAGCAUGGCUUCCUGUGAAAAUGUUUACCACGUCGGUAAUGGAAGCAGCAGUCGACUGUUGGUCAUGGGCAAUCGUUGCUCGACCCGAACUAGAAUUAUUGAUUGUCGAAGAGAUUUAUAAAGUCUGGCAGAAGAUUAUCAGUGACCGUCAAGGAUUGUAUUCGAUUGAUAGGCCAGAAGUAUCACCAUUAGCUCCAUCGGAAAAAGAAGAACUUAAGUCGAAACCACCAUCGACUAGCCCACAUCGAAUAUUCUUCAAAUUCAUCGAGGAACGAAUGUAUCUGUGUAUGCACAAAUCUGACGUAGAAAUGGAAAUGCUUGUUGAUCUUUUUCAUAAAUCACUUUACCUAAUCACGGAUCCCUCAAAAAUACCAAUGACGAGACAUAUUGAAGCUGUGGGCCUUCGGUUUCAAUUAUUAUAUUUGGUACUCUAUAUCAUUCAGAGUGAUUAUCUAGCAAAUGGUAUAAGUAAAUCCUUGUUACGAGAGAAAGUUUACCAUACGGCAUUUGACUAUUUCAUGAUUCGACAUCAUUAUCCAUCUCAAUCGUACAAUGAAUUACGGAAUGAUAUUCGAAGAUUGAUUCGGUUUUUCUCAUUAGUUCAUGGAGAGAAGAAGUUUUGCGACGAUUCAAUAUUAUCAAUUGAUAGUGGUAGUCCAUCAUUGAGCCGACGUUUGCACAAUGGCACAAGUGAUAGCUCCUCACGAACUGGAAUGCCAUCAGGAUUAAUCAAUUCAUUAGCUGGUGGUGGUGGAGCUGUGGCUGGAGUCGGUGGUCAAUCUACAAUUACCCAUAUUUAUCGGGAAUCUUCUUUCCGAGGAUCCGCGAAGAAUACCGAAAAAAGCAAUGACACUGGGACACUAUCAAAAGAUUUGUUGAAAAAACGCAACCUUCUGCUCACCUUACUUGCUUGUGAAAUCGAACGUUUGGAAACAUUUCAUAAUCCACUAUUUCGUUCGAAUCUUCAAUUCGAUCAAGAGAGACAGUCAACUUAUACAAACUGGAAAGUCUACGAUAUGAAUGGAACUUCCAAUAAAGCAUGGCGAGAGUACGGACGACUAGCUUGGCUUAUUUCGCCGGAUUUAGCCAUUAGCCUUUAUUACACAAUCCCUAAAGCAUCGUUACGAACUGAAGUUCAACAACUUGUGAAAGCAUUUCCAUUGCAAGUUCGUCAUAUACCCGAAGCAUUGAAUCUUUUUACAAGUGCUUCGAAUCAGAAUGAUCGGCAUUGUCAAACUUCACAUAUUCUCACAUGGGCUCCAAUCGAUCCUGUCGCAGCACUGGCCUAUUUUGCUAAUGCACGACUCAACCAGAUAGCUAAUUCUUAUACGAUACAAUAUGCUUCUCGUAUUCUCUAUACAACAAGACCAGAAGCAAUCAUUUUAUAUAUCCCACAAUUAGUUCAAGCAAUUCGUUACGAUGAAAUGGGUUUCGUUCGCCGUCUAAUCUUAGCUCUGUCUCAAAAAUCGAAUCUAUUAGCACACCAAUUGAUCUGGAAUAUUCGAACAAAUGUAUAUAAGAAUGAAACAACGCCCGACGAAGAUAUGCGAGCUAAACUCAAACCUAUUGCCGAUCAAAUUCAAGCUGCUUUCACUUCGAACGCUAGAGAAUUUUAUGAACGCGUCUUUGAAUUCUCAGAUAAACUCACCAAUGUCUCCGACAUCAUCAAAGUGUAUCCAAAAGGUGCAGAACGGAAAAAUGCUUGCUUGAAAGCAUUGAUGGAUCUCGGUAGUGAUGUGAAACCCGGUGUUUAUCUGCCGUCGAAUCCCGAAGCUGUUGUGAUCUCAUUAGCGCCAGAAACUGGAGCACCGAUGCAAAGUGCGGCGAAAGCACCUUAUCGAGCAGCAUUCCGCGUACAGAAUGUUGGGAUUGAACAAGUGGAACACUGUGCUGAUUCUGACUACGAAUUUAUUCCUGAUUUGAAUAAUCAGUACUCUCAGAUGGCUAUUUUCAAAGUUGGGGAUGAUGUCCGACAAGAUAUGUUGGCCUUGCAACUAAUGCGUUUAUUUCAGAAUAUUUUUGAACAGGAGGGUCUAGAAUUGUAUUUGUAUACUUAUCGAGUGAUCGCAACAAGUCCUGGCUGUGGCGUUAUCGAAUGUGUACCGAAUUCUCGUUCGCGUGAAGAUAUUGGAAGAAACACAGAAGUGGGUUUGUUUGAAUAUUUUCGACAUGUAUAUGGAAAAGAUGAUUCGAUCAAAUUUCAAAAAGCACGACGAAAUUUUGUCAUCAGUAUGGCAGCUUAUUCGAUUGCUGUUUUCCUACUCCAGAUAAAAGAUCGCCACAAUGGAAAUAUUAUGAUUGAUGACGAAGGACAUAUUAUCCAUAUUGAUUUUGGCUUCAUGUUCGAGUCAUCACCAGGUGGAAACAUGAGAUUCGAACCGGAUAUUAAGCUAACCGCAGAAAUGAUUCUGAUUAUGGGUGAUUUAAAUGCACCUGGAUUUCUCUGGUUUAAAGAAUUAUGUAUCAAAGGUUAUUUAGCAUUAAGACCUUAUCGGCAACAUUUCAUAACUCUUGUGGCAUUGAUGCUUGACACUGGUUUGCCAUGUUUUCGCGGUAAUACGCUGAAAGAAUUGAAUGCUCGUUUCAAACCUGAUGCCACUGAAACUGAAGCUGCACGUUUCAUGGAAGAAGUGAUUAAUCGUUGUGCACAUAGUUUACGAACCCGUAUUUAUGAUUAUAUACAAUAUCAACAAAAUUCGAUCCCCUAUUGA